UUCUCACGGUAUAUCGAUAAUUCGGAGCAAUCUCGGGUUCUCCAUCGGGAUGUUAAAUCUGUUCGCAACAAAGAUCGGAAUCGGUGUAACAUUUAUGCGUCGAGAUUUCGAUUUUUGCCGAAGACACGCGGAAAUAAUUGCUACGUCGCGUCGGUUGUCCUUAAUUGCCGCUUCGCUAAUGUUACGAUAACAAUUGAAGAUAGAGAAGUUGUCACGUCUUAAAAUAGAAGUUAUCGUAUCUUAAAAUUGUUACAAGCCUUAUCUUUUUUUGGAAGACGCUGUAUUGUCUUACUGAUCGAUGUACGUAUUAUUUUUCUAUACAUUGCAUUUUGAAAUUAACUUUAAAAUAAUUGACUUGCGUAUCUUUUCUGUAUCAAUUCUUCGGAAUUAGAUACACACGAUGCUUAAACACAAUAAGUUGCAAUUUUGAAGAAAGAUUCAGUCAGUGUAAAUCCAUAUGAAAUAUUUCUCUAUGCAUUUAUUUCCAUUAAAUUGAUUUUACAACUUAUUUCAUUAAAUUGACACAUUAUAUCUUUUAAACUAAGAGAUUGUAUUUUUUUAAGAUAUUUGAUGUAUUUGCACGAGUUGUCAUCUGUUAUCUCAUCAAUCCAUCCAAAGCACAAUGGAAUACUAUUUGGUGACAGUACUAUACGCGCAUGCUUCCUUCAGUGAAUGCAGUUCUUCAUUUUUGCACUGAAUCAGUAAAAGAUUAAUGAUGCGGAAAGCCAAAGAAGAGCGCAACCGAAUCGCUUCGGCUUAUUUUCGAGUGAGCUUCGAUGAGGAUGACAUCGAGGAAAAGGAGGAUAACUUGUCAGCAAAGGAAUUGGAAAAGAUGCCCGAAACAUCUUCUUUAUCUGACAAGGACUCGAGAAGAGAUUCGAGAGGCAGAUCCAGCGCCACAAAAGUGGAAACUUUAAACUUGAAUCCAUCUUUCGAUCUUGAGUUUGCCUCUUCCACAUUGUUACCUGCUGGAAGCGUUUUCGGCAGCUUGCAAUCAUCCGAGAGCUCCGAGAAUUUACUGGAAGCUUCGUCGCAAUAUGCAAGCAACGUGGAUGCCAAGUGUGGCAGUGACGUGCUCUCGAAAAUCGAUACGGGAGAAUCGGUAGUACCGAUCGCGGAUUCGGACGUGGCUCCCUCGGCCAUGAAACAUAAAAAUUUCAUCGCGAAGGAGUCACCGGCGAGGCUUCACUCUUCAUCAAAAGCGAAUCCAGUUUCAUCAUCAAUGGGAAACCAUCCAGAACGCAUCCAUGUGAAACCAAUCACCGCGAGCUGGGCGAAACGUUCGCAAUUAGCGUCCGACCAGCCAAGGACUCCAGCGGAAACCUUAGAAAUAGAACAGCCCGUGCAUUCCCAAAACGAAAGACAAAGAAGUUCAACUUCACUGGGAUCAGCCAGCAAAAAGCUAGUCAAAGAACAGCUUCAGCCAAGCAUUGCAGAAGUGCCCGAGCAGGUCUCACAGUCUUCAGCAUCGAGUACCGUCCCAGUCCAAGAGUACCACAUCAUCAAUGAGAAGUCCAUGAAGAGUAUCCGCAGAUCGACGUUGCCGAUGAUGAGCGUCGAUCUGACUCAGUCAGGCCAUCAACGCGAGGCGAACGUCACGACGACCUCCCCGAAAUCGCCGACGUUCGAGGACAUCCUCGCUGGUACCAGCGUGAACCCCAUCCGGAAGUUCAGCAUAGCAAACGCGGCGAUCUGCUCGAGUCUGGCACCAAGCCUCCUAGGAGCUAUUCCCGGCGUGCCGAACUCUCUUCUGCCGAACAGCGGCGAGGGUCUGCAUCGAAGUGCCACCCUGUCGAACCUGCCAACCGCCUCCUCGGCCGUCGACGACGACGAUGUUAGCGUCGGCGGAACGCGUCGCCGCUUAAAGUCAUUUCUGCGUCUUCACAUACCCGAGUUGCAUCACGGCGCGAGCUGGCAAAACGGGGAUUAUCAGUUGCACCCCCAUUCUCAGCACGAUCAUCAGCCUCACCAUCAUCACCAUCACACGUUCCCGCAUGUGUUCCACGUGCCCACCUUUACGUUCACGGCGCCGGCCACCGAUGGCACCGGCCGCAAGUUCAACUUCGGCAUUCGACGGCACUCCCAGGCGACAUUGCAUCGGACUGACUCGAUGGUAUCGCUUUGUUACCGAUCGCUCGCGAGCUACAUCACAGAUGAUAAUCUCGCUGGACUCCAAAGUUUCCUCGACAAUAAACGUGUACAGGUCGACGAUAGAGAUGAGAAUGGCAGCACCGCUCUCAUCCUUGCAGCAAUUAAGGGAAAAAUACACUUCGUCCGAGAGCUCAUCAAUCAUGGAGCGGACGUCAACGCUGAAGACGCGGAUAAUUGGACGGCAUUGCUGUGCGCAGCGAAGGAAGGCCACACCGAGAUCUGUCUCGAGUUGUUGGAGCACGGCGCCGAAUUGGAACACCGAGACAUGGGUGGGUGGACGGCGCUCAUGUGGGCGACGUAUAAGGGUAAAUCGGCAACGGUGACGAUGUUAUUGGGGCGCGGAGCUGACGUCAACGCGCAUGGGAAUUUUCAUAUUUCUUCUUUAUUAUGGGCCGCUGGCAGGGGUUACCCUGAUAUAGUCAAGGAUCUCAUUGCUCACGGGGCGAAGGUCAAUGUCGGUGAUAAGUAUGGUACUACGGCGCUCGUGUGGGCAUCGCGCAAGGGAAACGUAGAAAUCGUUGAUACACUUCUCAAGGCCGGAGCCAAUGUCGAUACGGCGGGCAUGUAUUCGUGGACCGCCUUGCUCGUGGCUACCCUCGGUAACCACGUAGAAGUGGUGCUGUUACUGUUGGAGCACAAACCCAACGUGAAUGCUCUGGACAAAGACGGCUGCACCGCUCUGGCGAUAGCCUGUCGUGAAGGUCACCAUGAAAUAUCCAAUGCCCUUUUAAAUGCCGGCGCCUACGUUAAUAUCCAAGAUCGAACGGGGGAUACGAAUUUGAUUCACGCAGUUAAAGGUGGUCAUCGUGGCGUAGUGGAAUCUCUACUGAAGAAGUACGCCGACGUCGACAUCGCCGGAAAGGAUAAAAAAACCGCAACUUACAUAGCAGUAGAGAAAGGCAAUAUACCGAUACUCAAAUUAUUACUAAACGCUAACCCAGACCUGGAGAUUGCCACGAAAGACGGUGACACGCCUUUACUACGGGCGGUGAGGUCACGUAACGCCGAAAUCGUGCAAUUGCUUUUAGACAAGAAAGCCAAGGUCUCGGCUACGGACAAGAAGGGCGACACUGUACUGCACAUUGCGAUGCGCGCGCGAUCGAAAGCGAUCGUCGAGAUACUACUGCGGAAUCCAAAGAAUAGCCAGUUAUUGUACCGUCCGAACAAACAAGGCGAGACUCCGUACAACAUCGACGUCAAUCACCCCAAGACGAUCCUCGGACAGAUAUUUGGUGCUCGACGCUUGAAUACUAACGAGGACAAUGAGAAUAUGCUCGGUUACGAUUUAUACAGCAGUGCGCUGGCAGAUAUUCUUAGCGAGCCGUCACUCUCCACGCCAAUUACUGUCGGCCUUUAUGCAAAAUGGGGUUCUGGGAAAUCAUUCCUAUUGAAUAAGCUAAGAGAGGAAAUGAAGAACUUUGCGCGGCAAUGGAUUGAUCCGGUGUUCCAAUUCUCUUCCUUACUCUUUCUAGUAGUAGCACACAUAUCCUUGCUGGUGGGAGUCACGAUAGGUCUCGCCUUGCAAUCGUGGAUCAUCGGUGUGGCCUGCGGAGUAAGCCUAUUGAUUAUCAUUUAUAUUUUUCUGGUGCUCGUUUGGUACGCCCACAAGAGGUACGAUUGGUACUGGCCGUACAAUCUGACAGUCGCGCUCACCACCAAGCUGAAUGCGCUGAAACUGCUAUUGCAAGUGAUCUUCUGUCAUCCACCGGGGGGUCAGUGUCACGACGGCAUCGCAGUGCAGCCGAUAAAGUUUUACUUCACCGAUCAGACUCGCGUGGGCACGACAGCCGCCGGUGAGAACGCGGUCGUGCAGAUGGUCGGCUCGCUGUACGACUCCAUCGAGAACGACUUUGGUUCGCUCUCCACCAGACUCUACCGAGCGUUCCGGCCGAAACCGGACAAAUCGACCACCACGUGGAAGUGGAGGCACCUGUGUUGCUUGCCGUACAUAGUGAUAUUCGAGUUCUGCUUCUGCAGCCUGCUCAUCGGCAUCUCGGUGCUUACGGUUUAUCUCAUAGACAUCUCGAGCGACGAGCCCACGAUAGAUCGAGUCACUGCUCACAUUAUCAUGAUAACGAUCGCCUUGAUCUUGGCCAUUAGUAUAAUAGCGAAUCUGUACACGUGGAGCAGAACGUUGCAAGCACUGGUCUUCUCGCAGAGGAGGCAUCUGCAACGUAGUAUUUCGAAACUGGAGACUCUGAAGAGCGAAGGGUUCAUUCAGUCUCUGAGGGCUGAAGUCAGUUUGAUGACAGAAAUGGUCAAAUGCUUGGACAGUUUCAUGGCUCAACAAAGCAGGCUAGUCAUAAUAGUAGACGGUUUGGACAGUUGCGAGCAGGAUAAAGUUUUAUUGGUUUUAGAUGCUAUACAAGCCUUAUUUAGUGAUAACGGGUACCCCUUCGUCGUGAUACUAGCGAUUGAUCCGCACAUUAUAGCUAAGGCAGUAGAGGUAAAUAGCAGAAGAUUGUUCACCGAGUCGAACAUCGGUGGUCAUGAUUACCUAAGGAACAUGGUGCACCUGCCGUUUUACCUGCAAAACAGCGGAUUGCGCAAGGUGAAGGUGGCACAACAGACCGCUCAAUACUACAAGAAGACUGCAUGGACGGAAGCUGAGGAGAGCGUCACCUAUACUGCAAGCAACACCAUGCAUCACUCGGUGUCUAACAGGAGGCUCAGUACUGAAUCGGCCAUAAUGAAUAGCAACGAGAAACUUAAACCCCAGGCUAGGAAAGGCAGCAGGAAGCUGCGAUUGAGCGAGUCGAUCGCAAGCAGCAUCGGCAGCAAUCUGAAUCGACUCGGUGGCGCACAGGAUCUCAAUAAGAUGUUGCUCACUGAUGACUACUUCAGCGACGUGAAUCCACGCAGCAUGAGGAGACUGAUGAACGUCGUCUACGUGACUGGACGGUUACUUAAAGCAUUCCAGAUUGAUUUCAAUUGGUAUCACCUGGCCAGUUGGAUCAACAUUACCGAGCAAUGGCCUUUCCGAACGUCCUGGCUCAUUCUUCACUACGAUAUGUACGAGGAAAAUCUGGAGGACAAUAUGUCAUUGAAGAGUCUUUAUGAUAAAGUGCGACCGCAGAUCCCAGUGCUGAAAGAGGUGCAGCCACUCCUCGAGAUGGACAGGGACGAGCGCAAGUUGGACGUUUUUCUUACAUUCCAUCGGUCCAGUCUACUCGUCAGCGACAUGAAAAUAUUUUUGCCGUUCACUAUCAAUCUGGAUCCGUACAUUAAGAAGAAAAUCAAGGAGGAGCAACAGAGCGUAGAAGAAGAUUUCCCUUACAAACAAGGAGGCAUUUGGCACAGCCAUGCCGCUGAUCAGUGGGCUCCACAUAGAGGCACGUUGACGAACCGAUACACGAAACUUGCCAAACAGAGUUCUCAGGGAUCCGUACCGCCGACACCGUCGUGGGCUUAUCAGCCACAUUUCGAGUGGCAAGCUCCAACUUGGGUCGCUCCCAUGCAUCCUAUGCCACCCAUGGAACCGGUGCCAAAGCCGCUUUUCGCAACAACCACGUUGCCGCCUGAGAUUUUGGAGACGAAGCUUUCAUCUCUAUCGGUGAGCGGAGUCUGCGAUCUGAUCGAUAAGAUUGAGAGUCUCAAUCCGGCUCAAACACUCAUGUACAAGCAGGUCAUCAAGGACAACAAUAUUAACGGCCGAGUUUUGUUACAUUGCGACUUGCAAGAACUGAAAAAGGUAUUUAAAAUGGCUUUCGGUGAUUGGGAAUUGUUUCGCAUGAUGAUUAUAUCGCUCAGGGAAAUGGAACUUACGUCAUUCACGUACGAGGAAGGUCCUCGGAGUGUCCGAUUUACCGUAGAGUCCGAACAAGCUUUGCGCAAAGAUCAUAAUUUGCAAACUAAUUCAAUACGUGUACCUACUCACGCGGAGAAGGAAAAGGGAGCGUCGAGAACGGACGGGCCAGCUCGUCGUGAUCAAAAUAAGCAAUCCAUCAUGGAAAAACAGUUCCAGGUAACGUUAGAGGAGCAGAUGAUUUGUGGCGCACUGCAGACUUUGAACGAGGAGGCUUGCGAGGACGUGUUAGAUGUGCCAUCGCCAGCGGUGGCACCAACAGACUCGCUCUCUUCAGGACCCGUUGCCACCUCGGUGCCGGACACGGAUUACGUGCUGCUUCAAGCAAAUCCGCUGUUUCAUUGGGUGCCGGUGAACGACGAGCCGGAGAGUUCGGACGACAGCUCGCACGAUUCCACGGUGUUCCUUCACCGCACGAAUUCGCAGCGCAGCCUCGCAUCUCAGCGUAGCACGCGGUCUGUCUGCUCUCACAAAACCCUCAAGAGAACCGGCAGCAACGUCAGCACUAGACCAUCCUCGCUAUUCGUUUCCCCGCCGCCGUCGCCGAAACCCGCGUUCAGGUCCAAAUCGACGGACGAGAGGUACAUGGGCAACAACAUACCGCUGAAGACCACGUCGUCAGCAAUACCUAUCAAGGCGAGACGCUCGACCUCGACUCUGAACGACGAGGCGGUCAUAACGAUACCGAUACCCACACCCAGCUUGGAGAAACUAUCGAAAUUGAAAGACCGGUUGGUCGGCAACGCGCCGACAAGCUCCCCAGUGCCCACCGGUGAGAGCGACGACGAGUCCACGCCGCUGGUGUCCGAGUUGUCCACGCCGACGCACUCCCAAUCGGACAGCGUGUUCAGGCACGACUGUAGCGCGGAGAACAGCAGCUCGCCGUCGUCAAGUAGGAGUCUACCGCGAGAUGGAGAACACUGCGCGAAUGUGAAUUGUUCUGAUACCGCGGGUCUGGUGAUACGGGAGUCGUUGAAUGCACGGCCGGCGCACCGGCAAGAUUGGGACAACCCGGAGACGCCUGUCUGACACCUGCCGUUCCCCGUCAGGCUCGAGCGUCAGGCACGCUUCAACUCGCGAUAGCUCACGGUGCGCAACUUAACUGACCGACGUACAAAGUUUGAAGAUGAAAUAAAACUGGCAUCCGCUACGGAGAUGUGCACACAUUUUUUUCAAUGAUACAAGUGUCGAGAUAAGAUACCAGUUUCUUGCGUGUAAAUAGCGGAUAGAGCUGCGAGCGUGCGGUUUUAUCUUUCUACAGCGUCGAACUGUUAAACGUGUUCAUCCGUUUGAUGAAUUUGAAUGAGGGACAAGUGAUACUCCUUCUCACGGUUCUGUAAUCUUUUUGCAGUUCUAGCGAAACGAGACGUCCCUGAAGCGCACGCCUCUGAAAUGAUAGUCAUUCCGUGUAAAUUAUUAACACGUUUACGAAUGCGAAUAUUUAUUGACGUUCUUUUCUUUUUAUUAUUGAAACGUACGUAAAGUGAAGUAAUGAGGAACACUUCCCGAUGUAUAGUGUGUAUCCCGAAUCUAGUAAUAAGCGAUUUACGUCAAUUCACAAUGCCAUUGCAAAUAGGUGACUGAAAAAGUAAAAAUGUUGAAGAGAAUAUUUUAAAGAAACGAUCAAUCGAAUAGCCAGUGAGUAUGCAAUUAUAGAUUGUAUAUGUAAUCAAUUCCAUAAAGAAUAUCCAGUUGAUAUUCCAUAUUGAAUAAAUAAAUGGAAUACCU